AUGAGAUACUAUCCUUAUUUAAGAAAUGCUCAAAAAGUGUUGGUGAAAUCCGCUAAAGGAAAUCCAACCGGUUUGGCAGGGUUGUUGCAACAUCCAAAUCCUAGACCAGCCCUUAUUACUCUUUACAAUGUCACAUUAGAUACCCUAAAUACCAAGUUCCCUGAAUACUCGGUUUACAGACAAGCCACUGAAGGUUUCACCAAACAAAGAUUGGCUGUGGUUGAAAGCAAUGAGGUUGUUGAAGAUAUUGAAAAGAAGAUUGGGGGUGGCUUGAUCGAAGAAUUGAUUGUUCAAGCCAACGAGGAAUUGGAAUUGGCUAAUAAAUUGGCUGAAUGGAAAUGUUGGGAGGAAUUGGAAGAAAAACCACUUGAAGACCAAUGGACUUAUUUCGGGAAAAAGAUCUAA